UAUGCAAAUAGCAUCAUUAUUCGAUAUACUAUUUACAAGUCGCAAAACUAUUGAACAUUGAUGAUAAUUAAUUUUAUCUUAUCUGAAAUUAAGAUCUUUUCAUGGUAUUCACAGCAGAGCAUUUUCGGUUGACCAUUGAUUUUUCAAGUCGUGAUAUUUUUUUAUCACAAGAUUGGCAACCAAUAUGACACAAUGCGCACUGCCAAUGCGCAAGUUCAUUUGACUUGGUGAUCUACCCGUAACAUUUUUAAAAUUUAAAAUAAUGAAAUUAGGGUUUAAAGCAAGCCCCACAGUAAUCAGUGCACCCUAAUAAAAUCGGCACGUAACAAACUAUCGGAUGAACGAAAAAUCUUCAUGUGACUUUGGAAGGAAACAAAAGAAUUCGAUAUUAUUUUCUUGUUGAGGAGAGGCGCCACGCGCGCUGAAAUACCCAGAAUUCACUGCAAACGUCAAUAUGGCCGACCAACUGGAAACUGAAUCAGCGGAGGCUUUGCUUGAAUUCAAAAACGGCUGCAGGAUGACCUCUGAUCCUGAACCAGCUAUUGAAAAGCCUUCUGAGCCUACUACAACUGAAGAAACCCCAGAAAAUCAGACACCUAGUGAUGAAGACCACCAACAAAAAGAGAUCACCAUAAAGCAAGAGGUUGCAGAUGAUGAAGAAGACAUGGACAUAGAUGAGGAUCUCACAACCCUAGGUCCUGCAGCAUUGGGGCUGCAAAGGGUAGGCAGUCAACCCCCUCCAAAACCUACCCCUACUCAACCAGUCCAGGUGCUGAAUGCUCGAGGAAUGCCUGCAAGGAUCAGAAAGAAGAAUCGUCUGUUUUUCGAUGAUGAUAUUGUGAACACACCACAUCAUAGGGUGCCGAAUACGAAGAAACAAAGGUCCACACCUAGCAAAAAAUCAAAACUGCUGACUCCUGUCAAGAUAAAAACAGAAAAACCCGAUAUCAUACGGUACACGCCAAAGAAAAAAGAGCCCCGUGACUCCAGAGAUGGCAAAGUAACGCCACCUCCACUCAACCCGAUAAACUCUCCUGACCAAAAAAUUGGUCAGAAAAUCGGCCGCAGGCUGAGGAAUUUACUCAAGUUACCAAAAGCCCACAAAUGGGUGUGUUACGAGUGGUUCUACAGCAAUAUAGAUCGUUGUCUUUUCGAAGGCGAAAAUGACUUUACGAUCUGCUUGAGGGAAUCUUUUCCAGAACUAAAAGCAAAAGAACUGACUAGGACAGAGUGGACAAAGAUCAGGAGGAUGAUGGGCAAACCGCGUAGGUGUUCUCAGGCGUUUUUCAACGAAGAACGUUUAGAACUAGAGAAGAAAAGGAAGAAGAUCCGUGCAUUGCAACAACGUAAAGCAACAGACAUGAGCAGCUUCAAAGAUCUACCACCUGAAGUUCCUAUGCAGUUAGUUAUUGGUACAAAAGUGACUGCUAGACUUAGGAAGCCCCAAGAUGGGCUAUUCACCGGUAGCAUAGACGGAGUGGAUACUUCAAAUAAUACUUACAGAAUUACUUUUGAAAGGCAUGGUUUGGGGACUCAUUCAGUACCUGACUAUGAAGUCUUAUCGAAUGAACUACCUGAAACGAUAUCCAUAACUAGCUUUCAGAUGAAGUACAGGCCAAGAAAUGGCUUAUCUCCUUAUUCACCUGAUGUGAAGAGUCCUGUGAACAAUAGCAUGAAGCUUAGGAAAGACCCCUUGAUGUCAGGUUCAAUGCUUAACAAACCCGUACUAUUACCACUCGCUGGAGAAGGUAAAAUAGGUGGUUUUCCUACGAAGCUGCUCGAAAAAAUGGUCUUGGUGACAAAAAUCUUGAACAUCAAAAAGAAGAAGAUAUAUCAACUGAAGGAUUUGAACACGGAAGCAGAACAGAUACACUUCAGUGAACAAGAAAUACCCGAAGAGUUUGAAAGGCGAUACGCUAGCGUGUUGGUAGAUCUGGAGAAACUCAACUUCGAUCUUCAAAUGUACCUGGAUGAAAUGCAGAUCUACUGCCAGGAGAUUGCUCCAGAAUCUAGCGUCGCAGCCAUGCUGGCACCAUCGCAUUUGCGAGAAAAAUGUCGGGAGGAAGCUUCCGAAAUCGUAAACAAACACAACUCUGUGAUAGCUUUUGAUAAAGGACCUUGCGAGAACGACUCUAUCUUGGAUCUUAUCACAGAUCUGACAGCGCUGUUAUUGCAGCUGAAAAGUCUGUCAGAUUCAGAACAAAACACGUAUGAGCUCCAAGUACUUCGAGGGACGAUAGAGAAUAUAAAGAGAAAACUGAGCCCUAUAAAUCAGCAAGUAUUCCAGAGCAAUGUCGAGGUGCACAUCAAGCAGAUUGAAGUAGGCUUGGGAGCUCCAUCAAAUGUUGAUAAGCUUGUGAUUGGAUCAUUAGCGAAGAUUGCUUGAAUUAUUUUUUAAUUUUUAUGUACAUUGAUAUACUGUUUUAAACUGCGUCUUUUAUUCUGUACACAUACAAUAUGUGCAAUUUACAACCAUACAUUAUAUGAUGUGUAAAUUUUAUUUCCAGGAUAUUUACAUUACUUUCUAUAUAUUUUUUGUGAGAUUGGGGAAGUGUAUAUUUUUCGUAAAUAAAUUAUUGAAC